AUGGUGUCGGCGAUUCCGCCUCCCCCACAGUCGACGUCGGCGAGUUGCCUCUUCAGUACCGCAUCUAGAUCCCUGCAGAUUGAUAGAUUGAACAACGCGGUAGCGAUAUCCUUCUUCCCUCUCGGAGUUCCGUGCCCUAAUCUUAUUUACUAUCGGCUGCUUUCUGUUCCGUCCGAUCUAGAUGGAGCCACGGUGUUGAUUGGAAGUCUCCUGCCUCGCUGUCUUCUCAGAUCAGGACUACUGCUUCUCCUGUUCUUGACCGUUUUCACCGUAGUCUCGCUACCAUGGGUAAUUCCUUUGGUUUUCUUCUUGCUUGUUUCUGCCUCUGAUCAUGCUUUAAGUGGGAUUUUGACUGGUCUCCCCAAGCCUGGAGGUGGAGAGUUUGGAAAGUUCUAUAGUUUGCCUGCGCUGAAUGAUCCAAGAGUUGACAAGUUGCCAUAUUCAAUUAGGAUACUUCUUGAAUCAGCCAUCCGUAAUUGUGACAAUUUCCAAGUCACCAAGGCAUAUGUUAAGAAAGCCAUUGAUUGGGAGAAGACUUCUCCAAAUCAAGUUGAGAUUCCAUUCAAGCCAGCUCGUGUUCUCUUGCAGAUCUCAGGCCGGUGCAGGGCAACCGGUGGUGGCUACAUGGUGUACCCAGUACCCGACGAAAGUGUGGUGUAUAAUUCUGAAAGUGGCGUUGGUGGCUGGUUGAAGUUCGAUGGUGGUUGUCUUGUUGAUGACCGGUAG